ACCACCUGACUGCCAGUGAUAUAGCGAGUACCCGCUCAACCGUAGGCAGCUGUGACAAUGAGCUAUGCGUAAAAGUUAAAAAUAACCAACAAGGGAAUCUACGAUUCAAGAUGGCGACACUGGGUAUGCUGUUGAUACUCCUGUCCACUACAGGAGUAGCCAUGGCAUCCGAUUGUUAUACCACUACCUCCUACAGUUCCGUGUACGGCAGUGUGAGGUAUAAGAGUGAGUCGUUCUACUGUAAUGACGGUUGUUGUGGAGGGUACUCUGGCUACUACUACUGCUGUCCUGCACCAGACUACUACGGCUAUUCAGAAUCCAAUGCUACCGGGGGGAUCAUAGCCGGUAUAGUGAUCGGCAGUCUGGUCGGCGUAGGGCUAUUCGUAGCCUUUAUUGUUUUCAUAUGUGUGUACUGUGUGAACGCCAACCGACGCUCCAUGCCCGGACAGGUUAUAGGGACACCGGCGACCGGACAACAAAUCACAUACGUCAACACACGUGAGUACAAAGUGGAUCACGUCUUCAGACAAACCUAACCGUCAACAUAGCUU